CGCACUUUAUGCUGCGUUAUCAUUAUGGAUUUGGCUAGUGGAGUAGUUAGCGGCGUCCCCACGUCUCGGAAAUACUCUCAAGUCGAAUCUGAAGAGUCCGAUCACAGGGCGCUUUUUCAAAAUCCAGCAUUUCCCUUACGAAUCCAAGAAUAUAUAACCUGUGCUGUGAAGUUCCGUUGAUCCUAAGACCCACUUGGCAUUCCCCCCUUGAUAUCCUCGUCCUCAAGAUAUGCAGCAACCUUCCCUCCAAAAUGUUCGCAUACGCUCGACAAGGGAUGCGCUUUACAUCUUUCAUGCUGUUGCGAGGAAUGCGCUCCCACUUACAACGCGCCGAUUGGACGCUGAGGAACGAAGGGCUAUCGCUCCCGGAAACGUAUAUGUUUGGGAGGAACGCAGUGCAAAUUCUGAGGCUACAGGUCUCGGCAUGGAACGAUGGACGGAUGGCAUGGGCUGGGGACCAAGUAGAGUCCGCGAUGAAUUUCUGUUCUAUCAGCAGAAAGAAUGUGAUGUGAAUGAUGAUCCAGGUAGCUCCGGUACUCCAUGGGCCCAGAUGAUUAGCAUGUACCCUUCUUCGCGAGCACGUGCUACAGGGGACUCUGAACGCUUGAUCAAGCAGACUUAUAGUGUACGUGUCUCGUUACCUGAUGAUCGCACACGAGGUAUCACUAGGAAGUGGCACUUAACUGCCUACUUCAGUCAACAGAAGCUUGAUCGGCUUAACACAAUCGAUAAUAUACCAGGGGUUGGUGAUGUCCCGGUUCCAGACGGAUGGUUCCGAAGUGCUCGCAGAGAUGCCAAGACGAGACGAGACGACGACCUACCAAAAUCUGCCCUGGCAAAGCAACUCCCACAGUUUCCCAUGGAGGGCGUACUACCCAAGAUUAAUCCGGUUCAAUCCGGGUUUCAGUCAUCAUUUCAUGCUUCAAAUUCAAAUCCUUCACCGUUUACCGCGUUUACACAUUUUCCCACUUCAAGAAAUUCCUCCCAGCUUGAUCUGCUGGAAGUAGAGGCCACAAGCGGACGUAAGACCGCCUAUUCAUUUCCUUUUCCCGCAGAAGGAUCAUCUAGGCAUCACUCUUCCAGCGUCCGCCAGACGGCUUAUUCGGCUCCCAAUGUGAUUUCUACUCAGAUGCAAUCACAGUUUCGUGAUGCCGCGCCUUUCCAGAGUCGCUCAGCAUGUCCUUCUCCACCCUCAUCAUCAUCCUCAGGACCCGCCACUCCAAGUCCGCGAAUUAGUCCUUCCCACCUCUCGGAACAACUAGUACCCCUCGAAUACCUCCAAGGGCUUGCAUAUCCAAGGCGCGAACCUAUUGAUGAACAAUUUCUUCAGCGUUUUUCAACUCAGGUCUCGCCAGGUUUUGUCUCGAAGGGAGGAGACCGAAAUCACCCCUCUUCAAAGGGACAUUCUGCUUUACACCCCGAAUCAAUAAGGUGCUCGUAUACCUGAUGAUUCAUUGAGGCCGAUCUAAUCUUGAGAUGCUCUGCGACUUCCUUUUCUACUUAUUUUAAUAUACCUCCUCCUCCAGGCGUGGACAAGCCAUUUCUUUGUCAAUUAUACAUUUAUAAUCCUCACAUCUUGUUAAACUUACAUAUUGUUACUUAACGCCGAACGCACACAGGUACCUUAUUGUCAUUCUGAUAAGGGUGAGCUCGUAUUGUAUCCAAAGUGUUGUCUGUUGAACUCGUACUAGUUCGCGCGUAAGCCUCGGACUCAUAUGUAGAUAGUGUACUUUGUACCGCAUAGUAACCGCAGGAAUUUGUGCACUUCUCAAUUUGUCAAACCCCGUCGCCACGCU